AUGUGCGUCUAUCUACUGUACUGUACUCUGUUGUACAGCUGCUUUCUUUUCUCUUGGGUUUUACUCUUGCUCUCGUUGAAAAAAAUUCAAGUGUGUCGAUCGCGUCCCGAAAAAGGAAAGAGACGAAAAAACUUGACCUCUAACCACGACCAUGCUGGUCCUACGUCGGCUACGUCUGCCAGCAUCGACGUUGGUAACGGUGCAACACGACGCUCCAAGCGACGGAGUCGUCCGAGGACACCCAAAUGGCGACCCGCUCUCCCGACAAGCGUCUUACCCGCGUAUGACGAGGCUAUCAAGCUCAUCCGACAAGACAGCUUCCGCCUCAAGCGCGGGGCUGCUGAAGUUCGCAGGAGCAUCAAACCAGGUGACGAAGACGAGGAGGAGAAACGAAAGUUGCUGAGGAUCCUACAAGUCCAGAGCGAGAUCAACCUCCCGGAAGUUCGGUGGGCGGUCAAGAGUCGGCUGGUGGACAUGCGCAAUCCUGCUCAUAGGCAUUUGAGGGAACAGAAUUGGAGAGGAGAAGGGAAGCUUGAUUUGCUGAUGGAACGUAUACACCAAAUGAAUGUGGUUCCGGACGUCUUACCGUCGCUGCAUCCCAGUAUCGAUGUCUCUAUCAAGGUUCGCCAGACGCACCUCGCAGGCCCGACGUAUCGCAGUCGUGGAAUCGAGCCAGGCGUGUUCCUCAGUCCCAAGCAGACAAUCGCGCCUCCGACCGUGUACGCGACCGCAUUCCACCUCGAUACCAGGCUAUACACCAUGAUGCUCGUUGAUCCAGAUGUCCCAGACCCAGAGAAUGAGACCUUUACCACGUUCUUGCAUUGGUUAUGUCCCAACGUCCCACUUUCAGCAAUCACGUCCGGUCCGAUUAAAAACCUCAAUACACAUACCCAGUACGUUCCGCCUCAUCCGCAACAGGGAACCCCGUACCACCGUUACACCUUGCUCCUCCUGCCCCAACCCGCCCGUCCCGACGCUCCGUACAGUCUUGUCACAGAAGCGCGCUCCAUCACUUCCCGCUCUCGUGCCGGUAGAGUUACCAGCCGGUAUCUCCCCAUCCCUGUCGUUCCGCAGUCUGCCAGGACGGGGUUCAACGUCCGCGAAUUCUGUAAAAAGUGGAGCCUAGACGGUAGGCAAGGAGGUGGCGCGCAUAUGUGGCGAGAGGUCUGGGACGAGAGCUCGGACGUUGUGUACAAGAACGUAUUGCAUGCUGACGCGCCCAAGUAUGGCCAUCCUCCGCGACCGGACCGCUAUGGACAUUUCAGGGGCGAGAAGAAAUACAUUGCGGCAUAGGUAUCCAACAAAUAGGCGGCGCAAGCUGUGAUAUAACGGUAGUGAUGGUGAUAUUACUCCUUACAUCAGUUUAGUGGUCCGAAUAAAGGCCCCUCACUUUGAAAUGUUGUUGGUUCCUUCCGAGUCCCAGGCUUGAAAAUGCUGUCCUUCCGUAUGUCUCCAAUACAAUCGUUAUCCCGAGUGGUAUGCGGCUGACAAACUCCUCCUCGCCGAAUAACAUUGAUGAGGGAGGAUCAAAGCGCUUGCGAAUAGGAAUGAUGCGAUGUCGACUUGAUGCUUGUUGACCUUUGCAUUCACCCAUUCAAUCUUCUGCUGCACAUGCUCCUGCUGGGUUCUCGGCCGACUUGGCCUGGCGGUUCCGGAGGACUUGCGCAAGCGCUCUCGAUGUCAUAAUAUUGAGUUCGGUGCCAUCACUCCUCCUGAGUGUACGAUUUGGCGCAGUACAAACGUGUUCCGCUGCCGUUGCUUAAUUGCCUAACGUU